AUGUUUGGGAAACAAGACAAAAUGGACGUUAGAUGCAGUUCAGAGACUGAAGCUAACCGGGUCUCGAAGAACGGACAUAAAGAGGGCAAGGAAAGCAAAGGGUCUGAAGGAAAUAUUUCUACUUCUUUUUUGAAGGAUCAGCAAGGGACUUUUUCUGCCUCUGCAGCUACGGAAGGUUGUAAUAAAAGUAAAUCUAGUUCGGCUGAUCCGGACUAUUGCAGGAGGAUCCUAGUUAGAGAUGCCAAAGGUUCAAUCCGAGAGAUUAUUCUGCCUAAGGGGCUUGAUCUGGACCGUCCCAAGCGAACCCGCACCUCCUUCACGGCCGAGCAGCUCUACCGCCUGGAGAUGGAGUUUCAGCGGUGCCAGUACGUCGUGGGGCGGGAGCGCACCGAGCUCGCCCGCCAGCUCAAUCUCUCCGAGACUCAGGUCAAGGUCUGGUUCCAGAACCGGCGCACCAAGCAGAAGAAGGACCAGGGCAAGGACUCCGAGCUGCGGUCGGUGGUGUCCGAGACCGCCGCCACCUGCAGCGUCCUGCGGCUGCUGGAGCAAGGCCGGCUGCUGUCCCCGCCGGGGCUGCCCGGCCUCCUGCCGCCCUGUGCCGGCGGCGCGCUGGGCUCGGCGCUGCGCGGGCCCGGCCUGGCCGCGGCGGGCAGCGGCUCCGCGGCGGCGGCUCCGGGCGGAGGGGGCUCCCCGCACCCCCCGGCCGCCAGCGGAGCGCCCGGGCCGCCCCCGCCGGCUGCGCUGCACGGGGCGGCCGCGGCCGGGCACGGGCUGUUCGGGCUGCCGGUGCCCGCGCUGCUGGGCUCGGUGGCCGGCCGCCUCUCCUCCGCGCCCCUGGCCGUGGCCGGCUCUCUGGCGGGCAACUUGCAGGAACUGUCGGCCCGCUACCUGAGCUCGUCCGCCUUCGAGCCCUACUCCCGGACCAACAAUAAAGAGAGCGCUGAGAAAAAAGCACUGGACUGA